AUGUCAUUGGAGGAUUUCUUCAAUAAGAAAAGUAGGAAAAAGACUAAAAAGACGAUCAAUGCACAGGAGCUAUUCGAGCAAAUUACUGACGGGCCACUUCGUCAAAAGACUGACCCAGAGAAAUGCACGGAUGAAAUGGUCGUUGCAAAUUCUGAUGAUAUUGGCGAAUGGGAGCCGAUUGUUAACGACGAUAUUGAACUGGACUUCUCAAACAUACGCAUCAAUGAUCUGGCUACGAUAAAAGUGGAGGAGGAGCAAGCUGCUGCAAGUAAUAUCAACCCUACAAGCAAGGCCGAUGAUUCUAAGAUUGUUUGGGGAGGGAAAGUAAAGAAAGAGGAUCCUGAAAUAAUUGAGGAAAGUGCACCGAAGUCUAAUGUCUACGUGCCUCUUCCCUUACGAUCUGCCAGAUCAAACCUAAAAGCAUUGCCUAAUUUGGAGAGCACAGAGGAGUUUCCAACUCUCGACGCUGCUGCUCAGGAAAAGUCAAAAAAGAAUGUUUCGACGGACAGUCGUGACAGUUCAUGGGUAGAGGUGAGCCGGAGCUCUGUGCCUCGUCGUAAGGAAGGGAUCGGGGUUUCCGGUUCCUCUUAUGCUUCCUCGAAUUCUUAUCGAGAAGAUACGUUAUCAUACAAGCACUCAUCGUUUGGGUUCCGUGAUAGUUGCUCUUCUCGGGGUGUCGGUUCCUCAUCAGGAGGUGCCUGGUCUCGUGGUGAGGCCCUUAAAAAUAAACCAGUUAGUUCCGCUGAUUCCUUACCCGCGUUCAAAAUGAGUCCGUGGGAACGCAAACCCACUCCUAGUUCGGGAACCUCCAAACCUUAUGUCGUUCAUCAGCAAAGAGACAUCCUAUCUUUCACUCAAGAAAAUCGCUUUGCUCAGCUGGACAACUCUUAA